CAGCACAAGGAAGAGGUCGUGUCGUGCGGGUACGACGAGACGGACAGGACGCUCGUGCUCUCUGGUCGGCCGCUGAGGCUGAAGCUGAACGACUACAUCCGAGACUGGCACUCGCGGCCGCAGGAGAUCAAGGAGCUCUGCGACAAGGGCAUCGUGCCCAUCGAGAAGGACUUUGACGACGGCAAGGACAUUGAUUUGCCGCACCUCAUGGGCCAGGUGGCUGGGUCGAUAAAGAAGGUCCAACCAGCCGGUGAGAUUGUCGAGGAGAUGGUCCAGGAGGCCGUAAGUAUGCUUCAGUUGGGAGGAUCAUAUCUAAGUGGUGGGAAGAGCAGGCUGUGA